UUUAGACCCUUGUGCCAGAAGAGUUCCUGAUUGUUAUGAAAGUGUGGCUGUGUCUGUACAGCCGCCAUUUCAGAGAGUCACUGAUUUGGUGAUCAUUCCCAAAAAAAGAAAAUGGGCCGUCACUUUGGAGACUUGGCCAAGGUCAGGCACAUCAUCACCUAUAGCCUGUCCCCCUUUGAGCAGAAGGCGUUCGCAAACUACUUCUCAAAAGGCAUCCCAAACGUGUGGAGACGGUUCAGUUCUCAAGUCUUUAAAGUGGCACCUCCGUUUAUUGUGACGUAUGUAACCUACACCUGGGGAAACCAUGUGCACCAGCAAGGCAAGAGGAAGGUUGCAGCAGACUAUGAAAAUGAUGUAUAAAAAACCAUUGUCUUCACACACUUGAGCUCAAUUGUACUGUUUCUUGUUUUUGACCUGUACCUCAUGCAAAUAAAAGACCAUAUUUAUUAACUA